AAAUACUCAUCUUGUCUGGACUGUGUGUUAUAGACUCUUUGACGCAUUUUUGGAAAGCAGGAAGUGGAGCUACUACCAAUCAAUCCCAUCAUACAGUGCAAAGCAUACACUGUCUGAGAAAAGCGGACUGCACACACACAUUCAGGACAGGACUGAAGGUAAAUGUAACAGCUAGGUAACUCUUGAGUGUCUCAACAUCAGGAUGGCUCCGCGAGUAGAUGAUGUCAUGCGUCUGUGCUGUGAAUUAUCAGCUCAUGAUCAGAUCAAAGUGGCAGUGAAAAACUCCACCAAAGGAGCGAUGGUGGCCGGAGGAACUGCCUUUGUAGGCGGGCUGCUCGGUGGACCUCCAGGAAUUGCUGUUGGUGGAGCAGUAGGCGGUUUGUUGGGCAGCUGGCUGACCAGUGGUCAGUUCAGGCCUCUGCCUCAGAUCCUCAUGGAGUUACCACCUACCCAGCAAAAGAAGCUCUGUGAUGACGUUAUGGCUAUCUUGGGCAACCUGGACUGGACAGACGCGGCCCAGCUCAUUGCCCUUGUGAUGGGUAACGCCACACUUCAGCAGCAGGUCACUGCAGCGUUGCUUAACUAUAUCACAAAGGAACUCAGAGCAGAGAAUUUCAGAUCUGAGUCCUUCAUCCAACAGUGCCUAACAGGAAAGACCUCACUGUGCAGUGCAGUCACCACAGAAACAUUUUAUGAUACGUUAUAAUGAAUGGAUAGAGACAUUAGCUCAAAUAAUGGUUUGUAUGACAGAUAGAUUGUCAAUUUUCAACUCUGCUUUUUUUUUUUUUUUAAUCUCUGUAAAACAUUGUUCCUGGGGAGUCAUUUAUUCUGGAUUAGAAUGUCAUCUCUAUUCCCACACUCUGUAUCAGGGUGUUUUAACAUACCUCUGCUUAGGGAUUAAAAAGAAAAUAAGCAGAUGAA